AAAAAACGAUGACUUGGAUCAUAUCAUUAUACCAACUGCUGAAGGCUUGAUUCGUUUCAGAGAAGAGCAUGCGGAUUCAUUUGAAAUUCAAGAGCAUGAUCAUCAUGAUAUUUUUACAAAGUUUCCUCAAGAAUCCUUACAUAGUUUUCAAUUCUCAGCGCCUCCCGUACAAACAAGAGAAAGGCGCUUAUAUGGAACUACUUUACCAGGCCAUUAUCACAUCACACCUAAACAAGAUCGGAUAAAGACAAAGACAGUCGGUAGUCCUGUUACCAAAGUUCAUUUCCGUAGAAAAAGUUUACCUUCUGUACCCGAGUCUCGAACUAUAUCAAAUUCUUCUUCAAAUACAACAUCCAAUAAUAGCAGCAUGGUCCAGACACCUACUGUUACAGACGAAGAAGAUAGUGAUGAAGAGGAGACUUACGUUCCUCACCUGCAUAACCGGUUAAAGCAACAACAACAACAAGCUAUUCUAACCACAUAUGACGAUUGGCGUAUCAUUCUGACCAACAGCAUUGCUCAAGACGUGCUUGUGAGUCACUUGCAUCAUCAAAUAAACGAAGAGCAGCAGAUGAUUUUAGUUGGAAAAUCAAUCAUGGACCUUGUUGAGCCCUCUUUUCAGAACCGACUCAAGUCACUGAUUGUCAAAAAACGAAACGAACUCUUGACUUGUGAAACAGACACGGAAGACGGCAUGGUGUUAGUGUGUGGCAAUGUGAUACCAAUCAUCAAACUAGAUGGCACCAAGUCUUCUGCUUCUCUUUGGCUUAAAGAAAAAGUCAACGAGUCUGGUUCUUCUGUCUAUAUCUGGAUUUUUGAAGAAGUCUAUGAAAGUUCGGUUCGAUUGAUCGUAAACACAAAGGGAGUUAUUCAAUCUGUUGUAUGCGAGGAAAGUGUACAAGACUUAUAUGACUAUAAAGCCACGAAUCUUAUUGGUCAAACUAUUCACAUGCUCAUUCCCUCGCUUGAGACAAGUGGGUGGCAGGAUGGUAUUAACCAUCUUCGGUUUUUCGGCAGUCAAACCAAGCGAGGUGCACAAUUUCCUAUUAUUGUAAGGCUCACGAAGGAACAAGAUUUAACAAUCCAGAUUACAUCUAUGCCAAUGAUCGCUGGUCUGAUGACCGUCAAAGCGGACGGUAUAAUUGAUGGGUGCAACGACACUUUUGUAAAAUACUUGUUUGGUUUUUCUCAACAGGAUUUAGUUGCAAACAAAAACAUUGCUCAACUUUUGCCUCAAUUUCCUGCACUCUUGAAUAAUUUAAAGCGAGACGACUUGUUGCAACAAGGCCUGAUUAUCAACAAUAUUGUCUGCAGAAAACUAUUACUUGCCUCUCCUGCCACCAAAGAUAAAAUCAUGGUCAACAAAAGAGUAUUAACUCAUACACCAAAUAACCAACCAUUACCCAUUAUUUACGCAAUGCAUCGAGACGGAACACCUUUUGAAGUUCAACUUCAAUUAAAGUUAGUUGAAUCUUCCUCUUCCUCGGAAAGCGAAGAGGAAUAUGCUUUGUGGAUUUCAUUUGACCGAGAAAUCGCAUUCAAACGAUAUGGUCAUCAGCACCUCAUCAUCUCACAGCCCUCGUUACCUUCACAGCAAGAACCCAAAGUAAAAAAAAAAGCAGCAGCUAAAAGCAAUAAGGCAAAAGCAAAAGAAUACUAUGGGAGAUCGCCAAAGGUCACAAGCAUACCGCAUGAUCAAUUGGGUAACAUAGAGCCUAUUUCACCACCAGCCAUGUUGCAAGACAAACAGAUAGACAUCUUCUAUUCAGCACAGAUGCCUCAUUCAACCACAAUUGAUGACUAUAUAAUACUCGAUAAUCUCGGUCAAGGUGCUUAUGGUCUUGUCAAACUAGCAGUCAAAAAAGAUGACCCUACAGAGACCAAGGUGGUAAUUAAGUAUGUGAUCAAAUCGCGCAUAUUGGUUGACUGUUGGACAAGAGACCGGAAACUCGGAACAGUGCCAGUCGAAAUCCACAUUUUGCAUACGUUGAGAAAGUAUCCGCAUGAAAAUCUCGGUAACAUGAUCGACUACUUUGAGGAUGCAGACCAUUAUUAUAUUGUUAUGGGUCUUCAUGGCGCAGGCAUGGACUUGUUUGAUUUUAUUGAGCUUAAUGAUAUUAUCCCCGAGGCAGAAAUCAUUCGAAUCUUUCGACAAAUUGCGUUAGGUGUACGCCAUUUACAUGAUCAUAAAAUUGUGCACAGAGAUAUCAAAGAUGAAAACGUUGUUCUAGAUCAAAAGAAUGGUGGUCUUCAGCUGAUUGAUUUUGGAAGUGCAGCUUAUUUAAAGCCAGGAAGAAAAUACGAGACAUUUGUUGGUACUUUAGAUUAUGCAGCACCUGAAAUUUUACGUGGACAUACUUAUUCUGGCAAACCUCAGGAUAUUUGGGCGCUAGGUAUUCUCUUGUUCACAUUGAUCUAUAGGGAGAACCCAUUUUAUGAUAUUGAUGAAAUUAUGGGACGAGAACUAAGAAUACCUUUCAUUCUGUCAAAAGGUUCAGUAGAUCUUGUCAGUAAAAUGCUAGAGCGCGAUGUUGACAAGCGCAUUGAUAUACAUCAAGUGCUGGCACAUCCCUGGUUGAAUUCAAUGUAAAUUUAUUCUAUAUGUAUUAUAC